AUGGUGAGCCCUUCCUUCCUGUCCUGCCUCCUCCUCCUGCCGCUGGGCACCUGCUUUCCUCUACUGGACGGAGAAGAGCCCAUGGACACCACGGGGGCCGUCGGAGGGGAGAUGAGCUGGGCCGGCCUGGCCAGGGGACACGGCGUCCACCUCCCGUGGGGCUCCUCUCAGUGGCCGAGCGCUCCGCACCCACAUGCCCUGCUCGUCGUGCCCAAGGAGCUGCAGAUGUCGGGCAGAGCGCGUGCUGGCGCCGGGCUCCGGCCCGGGAGGCGGGACGAGGACAGCGCGGCCGCUGGCCCCCCCCUGGCUGAUGGCGAGAAGGCCAGGAGCCCGUUAGGGACGCUGGCCGAGGAGCUCAGCGGCUACAGCAGGAAGAAAGGCGGCUUCAGCUUCCGCUUCGGCCGGCGGUGA